AGUAAUUGACAUUGACAGCUAGUCAUACAUUUCAUUUUUAUGAUUUAGUCGUGGUUUAAAAUAAAACAACAAAUUGUUUUGGAUUAAAAUGGAAAUAAUUGAUCAAGACAUCAGGCAGUGGGACGCAGAUGAUGUUAAAGAACAGUUCGGGGACAGUCUGACUCUUUUGCCAUCUAAUGAUAACAUAAAAGAAUUACAAACCAUACUACGGGACAAGUGAGUGAGGUUAAGUUUCGUGUCAUUCAACUGGCCAUCAUAUGGUUUGGAACACAAGUCGUAGUGAUUUCAAGUUCUAUGCGGAUCGUCUCAUUCGUCUGGUAAUAGAAGAGAGUUUGAACAAAUUACCUUAUACUGAGUGUGAGGUUGUUACUCCUACUGGAGCAAUAUAUAAAGGACUUAAAUAUGGAGCUGGGAACUGUGGUGUGUCUAUUGUGCGUUCAGGAGAAGCAAUGGAACAGGGCCUUAGAGACUGUUGUAGAUCUAUUCGGAUUGGUAAAAUCUUAGUAGAAAGUGAUACUGACACACAUGAAGCUCAUGUUGUAUAUGCGAAGUUUCCAGAAGACAUUGCAAGACGACAGGUGUUGCUCAUGUACCCAAUAAUGUCUACAGGAAAUACAGUUAAACAGGCUGUAAAUGUAUUAAAGCAACACGGAGUCAAAGAAGAAAGAAUCAUUUUAUCGAAUUUAUUCUGCACACCGGCAGCGGUACAAGCUGUAGUCGAUCACGUACCCAAAAUGAAAAUAUUAACUUCGGAGCUGCAUCCUGUGGCCCCAAAUCAUUUCGGACAGAAGUACUUCGGAACUGAUUGAUACGAAGACGAAUUCGAGGUCUAGACAGACCAAAAAUAAUACUAAUGCCGAGAAGCACCUGAACUUGUUCUAAAAUGUGUUUUUAAUGAGAAAUGUAUGCUUGCGAUUAAAUUUCGAAAUUAUCGUCUUAUUCGUCGUAUUCUUAGUAAGAUGUAUCCUUGAAAAUUCAAUGUUAAAUGAUACCAAUGAAUAUUAUAGUUUUAACCUAUUAAAGAUAAUAAAAAAAACAUAUUCCUAUUGUAGAGUAAGUGACUAUUUAUUAAUGUAUUAAAAAAUGUUUUAUGCAACUUUGAAAAUAAUACAAUACGCACAUAAUUGUAUGUUUCUCUCUAUGGUCAAGUAAGAGUCUGGUCUUAGCCAGACCUGUGCUAUUUCCUAACUAUCUUCUAGAUACUAAGUUCAAUGCAAAAGCACAAAAUGCCUGUUUUGUAUUUAUGAAGGAUACAAUGAAAUAGUUACUGUAUUCUUUUUGGUUAAGAAUAGCUUUUUAAAUAUUAACUUAUAUUGCAAUGUAAAUUGGAGGUUGCUGUAAAUGAAGGUGAUAAAUAAAAAACAAUGUUUUAUUUUUGAUAA